AUGAAUGGAUGGUGGAGAGACAGUGGAUGGACUUUAAUGGAAGAAAGAGAAGAUGAGGAAUGGAUGGAUGGGGUGAGAGGAGGAUGGAUGGGUGGAGAGGAUGGACAGGCGAGGGAUGGACGGUGGAGAGAGAGGGAUGGACGGAAGGAGAGGGAAGGACGGGUGGAGAAAGAUGGAAGGGUGACGGGGACGGGUGAGGAUGGACGUGGAGAGGGAUGGAUGGGUGGAGAGACAAUGGAGAGAGAAGAUGUGAAGGUGGUUCAGGGGAGAGGAUGGAUGGGGAGGGGAUCACGUGAGGGAGGAUGUGAGGGGUGGAAGGAUGGAUGGUGGAGGGGAUGGAUGGGUGAGGAAGAAGGAUGGACGGGGUGGAAGGAUGUGGAGGAUGAGAGAGGAUGGAUGCGUGGAAGAUGGAUGGACGAGGUGAAGGAUGGAUGGAUGAGGGAAUGGACGGUGAAGUGGAGGAAGGAGAAGAUGGACGGUUGA